UUUCAGACAAGCUAAGUGCUGUACAAAACUUUAAACCAUUCUUCAUUUUUCUUUCAUUUCUAUAUAAUAUUCUUUGUUUUAGGCACACUUGAAAAUUCUCCUUCACAAUACUGAUUAGGGACUGUUUUGGCUGAUGUGAUGCUGGCAUAUUUUACUCCUAGUGUAUGCAGGCCUGCUUUGCUGUGUAUAAGUGGGUACAUUAUAAUAACAGUGAUGGAUUGACGCAGGAUUGUUCAAUAUAAACUAAUAAGGUUUUGGAAUGGAUUACAAAUUAGGAGCUUUUCUCAUUAGCCUCCAUUACUGUUCUUUGAGUCCUUUAUGUUAUUUCUCUUAAUGGAAUGUUAGGAGACACAUCUGAAGUUGAUAAAACAUAACUGAAAGCUACUAUAAAUCUGCUGAAAGUGUAAUGUCUAAGCAUGAAAAAUUUCUUAUGGUUCUGUUCUAGCAUAACCACUUUUUCCUUUUUUACCUGUGCAGAAGGGUGGAGCGUCAGGUUAAUGAUUUAUACCCAUCAAGCUGAUCUUUCUGCCAGAACACACAUCGAUCUGGAGGGAGUGACAGCGUGAAUGUUCAGGUUAAUAGUUGUCAGUGUGACGUGUGAGUUUAUACUGCUCUUUGUCAGUGUCACGCUGCUCUAGUAAAGGUGAAUCUCAUCAUGCCAAUGGAAGCACAAAUCAAGAAAUUACGACAAAUGCUGGAGAAAGAAUGCCAGCUCAACCAGGAACUCCAGAACCAGAACAAAGAGCUGAAGAGACAGCUUGAACAGAAAGAGAGAUUGUUACAGAUUCUGCAAGGACAACUGGAUGAGCUUGAUUGUGCACCUCAACAAAACAGUAAUGAGAUGCCUGAGGUUCGACAGAGUCGGGCAGCUGUCAUGGCCCCGGAGCGAGUACCAGAGGUCCUGGAAAUCACUGCCAACAGAGUCAAAAAAUCUGCCAGUGAGAAAGCUCAGAUCGUGAAGGCCAUUGGUAAGAAUGACUUCCUCCGUCGUCUGGAUGAGGAGCAGAUCAGUAUGAUGGUUGACCUGAUGAAGGUUAUGGACUGUCGCCCUGGUGAUGACAUCAUCCGAGAGGGCACAGAGGGAGACAGCAUGUACAUUGUCUUUGAGGGUGAGCUGAGGGUUACUCAGUCUGGACGUGAUCUGCGAACUUUGAGCUCCGGUGAUGUGUUUGGUGAACUGGCCAUUCUAUACAACUGUAAACGCACAGCAUCUGUCAAAGCCAUCACUGCGGUAAAGUUAUGGUGUAUUGAGAGACAAACAUAUCGAAGCAUCAUGACCAACAAAUCCAAGAAGAAAAGAGAGCAACUCAUAUGCUUCUUGAAAACGUCUCGCACUUUGAAAGCCCUGAAUGAUGUGCAGCUGUCAAAGAUCAUUGAUUCCAUGGAGGAAGUGAAGUUUCAGAACAAUGAAGUGAUUGUCCGAGAGGGAGCAGAGGGCAAUACGUUUUAUAUCAUUCUCAAAGGAGAGGUAUUGGUGACAAAAGAAGUGAACGGACAGCAAAAAAUCAUUCGUAAGAUGAGUGAGGGGGAACACUUUGGAGAACUGGCUCUAAUACGAGAUAUCCUUAGGACAGCCACAUGCACAGCAGUGGGAGCUGUCACUUGCUUUUCCAUUGAUAAAGAGGUUUUUGAGGAGACCAUUCCUUUUGAAAGCCUUGAGCUCCAUGACGAUGCUGAUUUACCGGAGGAUGAUGUAAAGCCAGAGAAAGUUGGGCCAGAAACAUCUCUAAAGCUGAAAGAUCUCAUCCCUGUACUGUACCAGGAGGGAAGUUAUCAAGGAGAGCCUGUCACUCUUGGAGUCGGGGGGUUUGGAAAAGUGGAGCUGGUAACUACCUUGCAGCACAGAACGUACUUUGCUAUGAAGAAGAUCAGUAAACAACAUGUUGUUGCAAAGAAGCAGGAAGGACACGUUCUCCUAGAAAAGAAAAUUCUCCAGGCAAUCCAGUGUGACUUCAUUGUUAGGCUGCAUGCUGCCUUCAAAGAUUCCCGCUACAUCUACAUGAUAAUGGAGUUUUGUCCUGGUGGGGAAAUCUGGACCAAGCUGAAACAAGCACAGUAUCAAUAUUCAAAGCGCUUUGAGGAGAAUAUAUCUGUGUUCAUAACAGCAUGUGUGGUUGAAGCCUUUGCAUACCUCCAUAACAAAGGGAUCCUGUAUCGAGACCUGAAACCAGAAAACCUCAUGCUGGACUCCAAAGGAUAUGUGAAAUUGGUUGAUUUUGGUUUUGCAAAAGAGCUUUCUCGGGGUGAAAAGACUUAUUCUUUUUGUGGUACUCCUGAGUACAUCCCUCCAGAGAUCAUUCAGAACCAGGGACAUGACUUUGCUGCUGACUUCUGGUCACUUGGCAUUCUAAUCUAUGAGCUACUCGUGGGCAGUCCGCCAUUCUCCAGUUCAGAGCCACAGAAGAUCUAUGCCAAGAUCUUGGAUGGUGUGCUGAAUUUCCCAUCAUAUAUGGGGGAAAGUGCCAAGUCUCUCAUCAGUAAACUGUGCAGGCCACGUCCUGGACAGCGUCUGGGCAAUACAAAAAAUGGAAUCAAAGAUGUCCGACAUCACAGGUGGUUUAACAGCAUUAACUGGCAUAAAUUAAGAAUGGGGCAGCUGGAGGCACCGACUAUUCGACUUAUAAGAAAGGGUCCCUGCUAUAUAAACUUUGACCGCUUUCCUUAUGAUAAGACCCAAGCAGAGGAGGAAUUUUCAGGCUGGGAUUGUGAUUUCUGAACAGCUGCCAGGUCUCAAGGUUUCUGAUAUCUAUAGGAUAUCUCUACUUCCCGCAUUAUUUACUCAGGAAAUAUACUCACAGUUUAAUAAACUUACCAACUUAUCUAUCUUAAUGGAAGAUAAGCUUAUUUUAUGAGUCUUGGUUUAUGACUGAAUUUUAGUUAAAUAGUCUUUCACAGAGAGUAAGUAAAAAUGACAUCAAUAAAAAAACAAUUUUCUCCUACAGGAAAUUCUGGAUUAAUUUAGAGCCUCCAAAAUGUCAAUUUUCCCACAUAUUGAAUAUAUUUAUUCUUAAAUGACUUAAGACAUUGUGAAGAUCAGAAAUGUAUAAGGGCCCAGGUUUUUGAAGGGAACACCCAGAGCCUAAUCACACUAUAGAGAACAUUACAUCAGUAAUGAAUAUGCAAUAUUAUUUAAUUAAAUUUAAUUAUGAAUAUUUAAUUCAAAUGAAUGUGAUUGUAGUUUUGUACUAUUAUUGCCAAGGCAUUAUAAUAAAGAAUUAUCCUUUAAAA